UGUACUAUGCCCGCAGACACAGACACUCUCUCCUCACAACCCAUGCUCGAUUGUAUCAAUUUUUGGAUUGAUAAUCUGCACUCUUUGCUCGCAAAUUGAUUUUUGUGUUGAGGCUGGGAAACGGCUGUUAUCGAUGAAAAAUCCAAUUUCAGUCCUUACAUAAGGAUAUAUAUUAUUCCUUCUUUGGCUUUGAAGGAACGUCGCCUUUGACUUUCGAAGCCCAGAGGAUUCUCCCCAUUUUACAUCGUCGGCGGUCGGUCGGUCGGUCGGACGGAUUCGUUCCGAUGAUGAGGUACGAGUGAAUAUAUUACUGACUCAAUCGAAGUUAAUGUUGGUCGGACUCUCCAGGAAGUUUCCUCAAUUUGGUUUCUAGGUCGUCGAUUCUAUUCUAUUCGUAAUCUGCAGUUGACUGGUUUUAGAAAAUUUCCCCCAAUUUUCGAUGGCGUUGGUGUUCGAUUCUUCUCUCUUCGUAGUUUAAUCCGUAAUCUUCAAAUCGAGAAUUUUCGGGGAGAAGUUUGAUUCGAAAAAGAGGGUUACAAAUUUGGGGGCAAAAUUAGGGUUCUUAUUCCCUGACGGAGCUUCCAAAGAAUGGAUGAAGAGUCUUCUUCCUGGAUUAGACGCACAAAAUUCUCUCACACUAUCUGCCACCGAAUCGAUCCGACGAGGUUGUCAUCAGUUCCAAUAACAUCCCUUCCCAACCGGAAAUCUUCAUCCGCAACAUUUAGAUCCAGUAAGAGUCUGAAACCAGGGCAGCCUAAUGUAAUCCAAGUUCAGAACAAUCCUUCUACAAAUAAGUCUCGGGCAGUAUCCCCUCACCUUGAAGUAAAGCUUUCAGAGACCUUCAAAGAAGCUCGGUCGAAUCAGAGGAGGUUUUCGACUCCGAAUCCGCAGAGAAAAGGCCGAGAGAAGGGCCAUGUCGGGAAAUUACUUCAGAGAGAGUCUCACGAAGGUAAGAGUCCGAAGAGCCGUGGCACCAAGUCGCCGGAAAGUAUUAGUCCCCUCCGGCAUUUCCCCUCGAUGAAGUUUCACGACAAGUUUAAGAGCACUAAAGAGUCGUCGUGGACGAAGUAUUUUGAUCACGGUGGAGGGAGAGUUACAUCCGUUGAGACAGCAGAUGAGAAUACUAUUGAUCUUUCCAAGUUGUUUCUCGGGCUUAGAUUCGCUCACGGUGCUCAUAGUCAGCUCUACCAUGGGAUCUACAAUGACGAGCCUGUCGCAGUUAAAAUUAUUAGGGUACCUGAUGAUGACGAAAAUGGAGACCUCGGCGUUCGAUUGGAGAAGCAGUUCCAUAGAGAAGUCACUCUCUUGUCGCGACUGCAUCACGAGAAUGUUAUAAAGUUUGUCGGGGCGUGCCGGAAGCCGUUGGUGUUUUGCAUCAUAACCGAGUAUUUACCGGAGGGAUCUCUGAGGGCGUUUUUGCACAGGCUGGAGCACGAACAUCUUGCGUGGGACAGGCUGCUCUCGAUGGCGUUGGACGUCGCCAGAGGAAUGGAAUAUAUACACACGCAGAAGGUCAUACACCGCGAUCUCAAACCCGAGAACAUUCUCAUCACCAAAGAUUUCCAUUUGAAAGUUGCGGAUUUUGGGAUCGCCUGCGAAGAGGCGUAUUGUGACCUUCUUGCGGAUGAUCCGGGGACGUACCGUUGGAUGGCUCCGGAGAUGAUCAAACGGAAACACUAUGGACGGAAGGUGGACGUUUACGGAUUUGGACUCAUUUUGUGGGAGUUUGUCUCCGGAAGCAUCCCGUACGAAGACAUGACGCCUAUACAAGCUGCAUUUGCGGUGGUGAACAAGAACUUGAGGCCAGCUGUACCGCAAGACUGUCCUCCGGCCAUGAAAGCUCUAAUCGAACAAUGCUGGUCGUUGCAGCCGGACAAAAGGCCUGAAUUUUGGCAGAUUGUCAAGGUUCUUGAAGAGUUCGAGGCUUCUUACGCGCGGGACCGAACCCUAAAACUGAUGUCAAAUUUGUCUUUCCAUGAUCAGAAGAAGGGUCUUCUUCAUUGGAUUCAGAAGCACAGCCCGAGCCAUAGUCCGAGCCUCAGCCCGAGCCAUCCGUCCCAACCCGCGCCGAUGCCGAUGCCGAUGCUGAAGCCGAAAUUCGCCUGAUGCAGUAAUGACGGGUAAUCUGGCUUGCCUUUGUAGCUAUCUCUCACUGCAUUAGAUUCCAUUUGUAAUUAGAAAAAAAAAAAAAAAAAAAACAAAAAAAAAAACAAAAA